CACCCCUCCACCCACUGUCUUGGCCAGGAUUCUUCUGUCUCCCCCAUGUUCCCUGUUCUUGGCCUGCCCAGUCUACCAGUCACCCACUACUCUCCAGCGCGUCCAAUACGCUGCUGUGCUCCGGGCGCUGGCUAGUUGAUGGCUUGCCUGCUUGCUUGCUUGCUUGCUUGCUUGCUGGGCGCUGGAGUGUUUACCGUUCCAUCGUCCAUCCGCCUCGCCCACACACACAAACAAGCAAAGGGGGGCCACUCGCUCUACCACAUCUUAUCCCUCUCGUUCUCUCCCUUUCUCGUUUGUUCCCAUACGUAUCCGUACUACAGUACAGAGACAGAGUACGCUAACUACCCAACUACCUUACUGUACACUUUCCACCAACCUGGUCGCAACCCCACCCGUCCCCCCCCCCCACUGACAUCUUCCUGUCUUUCCAUCUGUCACGCAGGCCGUAGGAGAGAGAUACAGACCGACUAGGGACAGAGACAGCCACUUUCAGAAAAGCAGACAACAAGAGCCAUUUCCGUCUACUUCUCCCCCCCUGCUCGUCCCAAGGCCCCCCAAACUCAACUCAACUCUUCUCUCCAUCUCUCAACCCAACCCGGAGACUUUGACACCUUGACGCCGGGAACAACCUGGAUCUGGACCUGGAUCGCCCGAACCCACCGCCGACCGCUGCCAACUUUCUUUCAAGCUCCUCCCCAGCCCGCCGCCUAAUCUCCCACCACCACCACCACCAACAAUUACCUCCGUCAACCGUUACUACAAACAUCACCACUGCCACCGACAGCACCGACCUACCUCCGCCCCCAAAGGAACGUUGACGUUGCAUUUGCUCCGGGACGGAGAAAGAGAAAGGAAGUCAAAAAGAGAAAAAGCACACACCCGUUGUCUGCUCAGUGCGCCCCGACCCCCCCGAGCCGCCGCCGUCUCCCUGCCGGGUCCCAACCUUUGUGACGUCGAUCGACGAAAGAAAACAUCGACACGACGACUCUCCGACUACCGCUACCGUGAACCGGCGUACCGAUUAAUUGCACCGCCCUCUGAGUCCUAUCUUCGACAUCGACACCGAACCCUCCUGUAUCGCAUCGCGUCGCCCUGCCCUGCAUCGCACCGCGCCUCGCGCCCUCCUCAACGACGGCUUCGCAGCUCCCCAGACCACACCAACCCGUUCCACCGACUCCCAUCACGACGACGUCGACACGAUCUCGCGAUUCCUCUCCCGAGAGAGACCCCGUCCCCCCUGACCCCGCCGAACCCAACUCGAUCCCGCUCGUGAAUCUGCAGCCCGCUGGCCCCGACACAUCAUCACGACGGCUCGAUAGCCCCCCGUCUCCUCGCGAGGCACCGGCCCAGCCGACGAGGUCUCCCAUCCCCGAACCCAAGGGGUCCGAAUCCCCCACCUCGUCGUCCAUGGCUUUCUUGACAAACAACAUUUGGCCCAAGGAUGGGAGGAAUAGGUCUCACGUUCCGGCCAUGCCGGUGUGGAUUGCCGCCAUCAGGAUACUCCAGCUCGUUCUCGCCAUUGCGACGUUAGGCAUCACCAUCUUCGGCCUCACCACCAUGCAAAAGGCGACGGGAUAUCGUAGGAUAACGUCCUUCAGUGGCACAGAGGGUUUCCCCUUUUCGUGGUUCGCAUUCGCCUGGACCUUCUCCUACUUGACCUGGUUGGGCGUUGCCGUCAUGUUCAUUCCCAUCAUGUACAACUGCUGGGUGCAUCUCGGUCUCGAGCUACUCACUGUAGUUUUUUGGCUCAUAACCAUGGCCUUGUUGGCCAGCCAUGCCGACGAUCUCGAUUCCCUCGACGCCUUCAUCGUGACCUUUGGGCCAAAAUAUGAGGUCUACUACAAGAUGAACGUUGAGCCUUUUGCCGACGGCUUCGUUGCUGCCACCUUUGCCGGCACUGCCACGUCCGUCGUCAACUUUGUGCUUUUUGUCAUCACCAUUAGUGUUUUUGGCCGCGCCCUGCAUGCUCUGCGCAAAGCAAACCUGGAAAAAGCGCCCAGCACCACCGAUUCGCAGAAGACGAUUCAGGCCGAGGGAGACAAGAUGAUCGCAUCGCCGCAGAUGACAUCCGCCGUCCCUACUUACAUUCACUGGAACAGCCAAUACCCUCCCCCUCACCACACUCAUGCCUACCACUACUACGGUCAACCGCCGUACACGCAAUCGCCGCACUCGCAAACGAACCCUUCGCCGCCGAACUCGGUCCCACCCCACGGAUUUCAACCGGCCUACUUCCCCAGCAGCCAAUGGCCGCCGCAGCCCCCUCAGCAACAACCGCCCCCCGAGGGCGGUGUCUGGCCGGCCCAGAACUACGGCAUGUACCAGCAGCAGGUUCCCAUCGCAUCCCAGCAUACCGGCCAGUCCGGCAGCAACAUGGGCUCGCCCCAGUUUCCCAUGGUGAACCCAGUGGCACCUACCAAGUCGGAUCUCCCGGGUGUAUACUCGCCACCGCCCCCGGGAAGCGCACAUCCCGGGCAACCGCCACAACGCCCACAGCCGCCGCCCCCGGCGCCCGGCACAAUGCAAUCGCCGGUCGAGUUGAACGAUGGGCGUGGUGAGGAGAACAUGCCGGCGGAGCUGCCAAACAACCCUCCUCGGUCACCCAGAUAACAGCAUCUGUACCAUGAAACGAAGACAGCAACUCCUGCCUCGGUAUCAUGUUUCAGGCAAACGGAAUGAUGAUUUUCAGAAACGAUUUUACGGCGUUUACCAAUCGGACGCCACGGGACAUAUGCAUAGAAAACGGCGUUUUUCGGGGGGUCUGGCGCAACCCAAUAUGCUCGGAUAGCAUGCCUGGGACUUGAUUGGCAUUUUCUUCUAUUUCUUUUCUUUUCCUUUCUUUUUUUUUUGCCCCAUGAGGGUCAUCGCACACCAUUAUUAUUAUUAUUUUCAUGAUCGGGACGGGGCAAACCGCGGCGAGCAAAAGAAUUGGGCGGAGAGGCACCAUGGGUUCGCAUGGUUUACCUCGCUUGUAUUUCUAGUUAGACGUCCCUCUCCUCUAUCGGGGACCGAGGUGCAUACUUGUUUAUUGCAUGCAAUCCUGAUGAAUGAGUCUUAUUGGGAAUACCAUGCGCUAAGCGCGUUUCACUGCUUCCUCCAUUCGCAUUACUGCAAUGUUUUUGAAUACUAGUACUUCUUUGCAGACGAGAUAUGUACUUGAUGAACACGCUCGGGGGGCGAUGCUUCCAUGUACAAUAUCAGCUCUAUAGCUGAAACGAAUCAGCGAAGAAGAACAGCUGGCUAACAAAAGCGCCGAUGGGUAUCGUGUGAAACACUUUGCCUGGGAUUAACCGUUUAGUAUACAUAGCGGAAGUACGGAUUCUCCUUGUCCGUGAGAUCCUGAAAGGCCAGCUUAGCCCUCUCGUCCUCGUCAACGGGCAGCGCGGCCCGCCGCUUGUUCUCGCUCCAGAGGACAUAGUACAGCGCGCCCGACGCGAGGAUGCAGAUGACGUAGCAGAUGAUGAGACCGAGCCACAGUUCUGGAUAGUGGCUCGCCUUGCUCUGGGACCGGACGAGCUGGGGGCCGACGAUGUUGCCGACGCAGUAGGCGACAAAGAUGGUGGCGGCCAUGAAGCUCUUCUUCGUGUGGCCGGCGACGUUGGACAUGCCGAGCGUGAUGACGAGGCUGACGACGCCGCCGAAGAAGCCCGUGAUAGAGUAGCCGACGACGGGCGCCGCAGCGUGGUGCGUCCAAGCGGAGCGCCAGAUGAGGGCGCAGCCGGCCAUGACGGGGAGGCAGCAGACGGCCAGCAUGAGGAUGCGGACGUUGGCAAGGCGCGUGCCGAGGUACCCCGUCAGCAGGAUGACGGCGAAGCAGAUGGCGCCGAGGGGGAACUGCAGCAGGAUGGCCUCGUACGGGGUCCAGCCAAAGGUCGAGACGAUGAGCGGGCCGAAGCCCGAGACGGCGCCGUUCAUGGUGUAGGCCGAGGCCAUCAUGAGGGCGACGAGCCAGACCUUAGCGUCGGUGAGGGCCUCCCUGACCUGGUAGGGCUUGAACUGCGUGCAACGGACGCCGGUCUGGCCGUGGCGCAGGCGCUCGACGGCGGCGUGGCGCUCCUCGGGCGUGAGGAAGCGCGCCGAGACGGGGGA